AUGAAUACUUUAUCCUUUUAUCCAUCCAACCCUUUUGUUCAUCCAUAUGAAAAUAUUUAUCAACAAGCUCAACAAUAUCCACCUUCACAACAACCAUCUCAGCAACACUUUCAAGAUUGUUCAUCAAAUAAUCAACAUUUUCAGAAUAAUAACUAUGGUCAAAAACUAAGUGAACAACCAAACAUGAUGUACCAACAACCCACUGCCACCACAACCCACUAUUAUAAAAAUGGAUACAAUCCAUUCUAUACCAAUCAUGCUACAAGUGCUAUGACAGCAAAUUCUGCAACAGGAAUUUCCAAUCAACAUCAUUUCAUCCAACCACAACAAACAAAAUACAGUACUACUACAAAUAAUAAUAUUAACAAUUACCAAUCUUCUCAUAUCAAUGGAAGUUCAUCUUCCAAUAAAAUCAUUGACAAAUCAGAUUCAUCAAAAGUAUCAUCCACCAACACAACAAGAAAACCAAGAUCGAAUGAACAUCCAAAUUCCCAAUCUCUUGAGAGCUGGAAUUUCAGUGGAGAAAGUACCUCACGAAUCUAUCAGACACUAAAUAGGAGAGCAGAGUUUCAUAAGAAUUCUGCACACUCCAGAAUUGUUUUUGUCAAGAAAGUAUUCGGAUGGUUAGCCGUUCACGACAGAGAAUACCUCAACAACCAUAAAACUGUGGAUCUAGUAGUCGCAAUUUCGGAUAUAAUCAACAUGAUUAUAAGUUUAAUUGAACUUCAUCGUGCUCCUUCUUUUGUUAUCUACCUAAUUAUCCUUGCUUCCGAUCGAUUUGUAGAAAGAACCGGUAUUAAUCAUCAUCAAAUUUUUAAUUUAUUAUUAACAAGUUCAAUUGUAAAUCUUAAAUUCUGGAAUGAAAGUAUUUAUAUUCAAAACAAAACCAUUGCAGAUAUCUUUUCCUUCAAUGUAAAAGAUUUAAAUACAAUGGAAAGAAGAUUCUUGUUUGGUUUAGAUUAUAAUCUUUGUGUUACCGAGGAGCAACUACAAAACUAUAUUGAACAAAUCAAGAGCCAAUCAAUUUCAAAUAUGGUACUAUCAUCUUUAGAGAAGGAAGGAAACUAUAGUUAA